AUGGAACGCGCUCAGGAGGAGAAGAUGCUGAAGGUCUUUGGGCUCUACGACAUUCGGAGCCUCGGCGUUUCUGGCGAGAAGAGCUGGGUGGGCGACCCCACCCAGGGCGCCCGCGGCAUCUCCGGGGGCCAGCGCCGGCGCCUGUCCUUGGCGCGGAGCAUUGCGUGUGGGGCACGGAUCAUGUUCUGCGACGAGCCCACCUCCGGGCUCUCGGCCACGGACGCGGAGCACGUGGUGCGCUACCUGCGCCUCUUGUCCCACAAGUACUCGGUGCUGAUCAUCAUGUCCAUCCACCAGCCGCGGCGGGAGGUGGCCAGGCUCUUCGAUGAGCUCAUCCUUCUGACUUCCAAUCCUGGGCGUGCGGUGUAUCAGGGCCCUUUGAGCGGCCUCUCCGAAUACGCCGAGAAGGUGGGCUUCGUCGUGCCGAAGCAAGUGAACCCCACGGACCGCGUGAUGGAUCUCAUCACGCCGGGGACGAAGUCCGCGCGGGAGCAGGACUUCAUCCAGUACUUCAGCCAGAAGCAGCAGCCCAUCCUGGACGAGGUGGUGGACGCGGAGCUGCGGCGCGAGCGGCAGACGCCCAUGGAGAUCCUGCACGCGAUGCGGGAGCCCUUGAAGGUCUUCGGGACGUUGCCCACCCUUCGGCACAGCAAGUACGCCGUCAGCUUCCGGCGCCAGCUGUCCGUGGUGGCGGCCCGCCAGUUCCGCCUGAGGUGUCGAGACAAGAUGCACUUCCUCGGGGACUUGGCCGGCGCAAUCGCCAAGGCCUUGCUGUUCAUCUUGGCCUACUAUGAGAUCGGCAAGAAGGGCUCGCCUUUGCAAGCCGGCUACUUCUUUUUUGUGCUCAUGGCCUCCUCCAUCGACCAAGUGAAGACCAUGCCCAAGAUCAUCUCCGAGCGCACCAUCAUGAAGUUGGAGACGUCAGAGGCCUUGUACAGUGAGUGGGCCUACAUCUUGCCCUUCACCUUCAUGAGCAUGCACGUCUGGUUCUGGUCGCUCAUGGUGAAUGCCGUCAUGGAGAGCCUGUACAUGAUGCUGUCGGGCAUCGCUAAGGACGCGACAACUGCGCAGGUGAUGUCUCUUCCAUUUUUGCUGCUCUUCAUGCUCUACAAUGGUUUCACUGUGACGAUCCAGACCUGCCCCAAGUGGCUCGCCUGGGCCAUCGACAUCUCGCCCGUGGCCUAUGCCAUGGAAGCCAUGACAGUGGCAGCGGCGGAGUACUGCGUCCCCGAUGGGCCCCCGUGUGGCCAGGACGGCUUGUACAGCGCCAUUGUGCCGCACUUCGGCUACAAGAACAGGCCAAAGCAGGCCCUCUCCGUGAUGUGCGCGUGCAUGAUCAUCUUCAGAGCGGUCCAUGUGCUGGCCCUCAAGUUCCUGAACAACAUCAAGAGGUGA